AUGGCACAAGUUGCCGCGGCCUUGCAAGAGACCUCGCCAUUACAGAGCUCUCUCGGAAUCUCGAGAGAACUCACAAUAAGGCUGGAAAGGGUUGACUCACAAACGAGUAUAACAUCCUCGGAGGGCUCAUUCAUUGCAAAAAGAACAAGGGGAAGAGCUGGAGCCUCAUCUUUAUCAGGAGCCGAUAGAUCGAGGAGCCCCUCGAGAUCAAGGUGGGCAGGAAAGAUAGGGUCCCUCUCUGAAUACAGCAGUUUUGAUCCAGAACUGGAACUGGAUCAGAGCAGCGUCAAUACAGAAAGGGCGGAACUACCCUCCUUCCGCGAAAUCAAUCGAAGGAUUGAUAGAGAAAUAAAAAAGCGAGGAGGGAUACCACAACCACACCAUCUGGAGGAACCACAAGAAGACGGAGACCAAGCUGAAGAGAGCAUAAUCCCCACCUUAAAAGAAAAGAGGGGAAGAGGCCGACCAGUCACCACAGGACAAUACGAGAUCCUGAAAGAAAAGAAAAGCAAGGAGGAAGAAGAGAGGAAAAUCCAGAAAGAAAAGGGCAUUUUGGAUCCUCUCAUCAAACCUGCGCAAACCAAAUCGUACAAGGAGUUCCUUGAGAGAAUCAAGGAAAAAGAGGAAGAGUACAGAUAUGCGCCGGUACUAGACCUGGAAGCAAUGAUCUCCGAAAAAAGUACGGACAUAUACAAGAUGGCCGUACAAUCGGGGAACGUAAAGGGUACGCUAGUAAAGCUGGCGAAGGAUGCUGCGGCCGACAUGUGUGCGGCUGCAAUGAUCUUGGCGCUAAAAGCACAAAACCCGCCGGAAAUGCAAGUGGUGGAACAAAUAAACGAACUGAAACACCAAAUGCAUCUCCUGAGGAUGGAGAACGCGCAACUGCGCAGAAUGGUUGAACAAACUAAACAACAGAAAAGGAAGCCCCUUGAUACCGAAGCCCACCAAAAACCGCUCUGGGAGAAACAAGAUCUCUCCCUAUUCCAAGAACGAGGAAAAAGGACAGAGGAAUGGGUUAGGGAAAACUCGCCUCCACCGGAAGACGGGGGAAUCUCAGCGAUCGGGAUAGACCCGAUCACGGAAACUCCACUUCCGUCAACAAGGGAGAAUGGAGAGCAGAGAAAUAAGGGAGGUAAGCCCCAAUUGAGGGAAUCGGCCCCACCACAACCACAACAACAUCAACAGCAGCAGCAGCAGCAGUGGUCAACGGUGGUAUCGAGAAGGACGGCACAAAAGGCGAAAGGGACCAAACAACCCCCAGUAUCAAAGGCCGGGGCUCCCAGCCCUGCUACAGCCCAAAACGGAAAGCAACGGCCUGGACCCCCCAAGAAACGGAGGGAACCAAACACAGCGGCGAUAACCAGAGAGCUGCCUUAG